UACUCGUAUCGUCUAUAUCUAUCGAGCUGCAAAACCCGACGACGAGGACACCGUUUAUCCGAAAUAGGAAUAAGUAAUGGAAAAUCCAGUAGGAUCCACCGACAAUCCUCUAAACCCGAAACCCUCUUCUUCUUCAUCAUCAUCACAUGAUCCUCCUCAUAAGCACCACCAGUUUUCUGGCUUCCAGCCACCAAAUGCGAUGAUGCUGAUGUUCCCCCAUCAUCAUCAUGAGGAAGCCAUGGAGGAUCAUGGAGCGGGAUUGUACGCGGUCCCCACUUUUCCUAAUUCAUUCAUGGGACCAACCAUCCCCACAUCCAACAAUCUCCUCCUCAUCCCUUUCACUUACAACCUUCCUACCAGUGGACCAACUCCAUCUGAAGCUGGAACAGGGGGCGAUGACCAAGGCCAAGUAAGACAGCAGCAACAACAGGCUGGACAACAAAGACAAGUUGUGGUCAGGAGAUUCCAAAUUGCAAUUCACCUUGAUCUAAUGCUCAUAUUAAAGCUGGCAGCUGUUAUUUUUUUGUUCAACCAAGAUGGCUCAAGAAAAAGGCUCGUCCUGCUCAUCUUUUUAGCUUCACUAAUAUAUCUGUAUCAAACUGGAGCUCUUGCGCCGUUAAUACGGUGGCUCACACAAAAUAUGCAGAGGGCGGCUACACCUCCCCAGCAACCAAGGCCUGCUGUUCGGGCAGAUAACAUCCCUGCAGCUGCGGGGCAGGAAAACGAGAAUGCUCCUUUGUUAGAUGGACAAGCUGGAGGUGAAAAUGAGAACCGUCCAGUGGGUGAUGCAAAUCAGCCUCUGAAUGAACAAGAACAUGGUGUGGUCAAUGGGAACAACAGAUGGUGGGGGAUUGUAAAGGAGAUACAGUUAAUUGUUUUUGGCUUCAUCACUUCUCUUCUUCCAGGAUUUCACAACAUCGAUUGAGAACCAAAUUGUUUAUGGAUUAGGUUUUUAUACAAUCAAGUGCUUAGGUCGUAAUCUUCUAGAGUGUGGGUGCUGACAAUGAAUGUAACAACAUUAUAUUCUUUUUACUGUAGAUGACACAUAUUGUAAGCUUAAUAAGUGCUUUAUAUGA